AUGAAGGUUACUCAUGAGAGCUAUGAGUGUGGGAAGUUACCCACAUGGCUCGAUGCUUCCCUUGGUCGUGAAAGGAUAGUGUGUCUAGACGAAGUAGAAAUUGGUGCCAACCUUACAAUGUUGAGCGUUGGUGCUGAUGGCAGCCUCAGCAAGAUUUCGAGCAGCCCGGUUUUGGGAGGAGCGGUGUCUUCGAUAUCCUACAACAACGGAACGGCGCUUGCCCUUGCCCAUUAUGGCCCCCAGGCAGCAAUCUCACUCUUCACCAUCGACGGAAGCAACAAGUUCUCAUCCCUACAGAACUUCACCUUCGAGAAGCCUGAACAGAUCCACCAGGCUGUCCUCGACCCCACAGGCCAAUUCAUGAUCUUCCCUAGUCUCGGUGCCAAUCUAGUCCACGUAUAUUGUAUCGAUCCCGCAAGCCACCAGCUCACCGAACACGAGCCACUCAAAUCAAAGCCGGAAUACGGUCCUCGGCAUGCAGUUUUCUGGACAAGCCCCGAUUCUAAGACCACAUACCUCUUUGUCGUCCACGAGAAAAGCAACAAGAUCAUCAGCUACAAAGUAGACUACCCUGAGUGCGGCGGCCUGGAAUUCACCGAGGUCGACGAGGUCAGCACAUAUGGCAACACUACGCUCCCGCCAGUGUCAUAUGCCUCGGAGAUGAUAUUGUCACCCGACAACAAGUUCCUCGUUGCGGCGAAUCGUAACGGCACGGUGUUCAAAGUAGACAAUCCCGACCCAAAGAACAGCACCCAGGUUCCAAGUGACUCACUUGCAACAUUCAAGCCGACAGCGGACGGAAGGUUGUCGUUUGUCCAACUCGCCAAAUCAGGCGGAUACUACCCUCGCCACUUCAACAUGAAUAAGGACGGAUCCAUGAUUGCGAUUGCGAACCAAUUUAGCAAGAACGUUGCUGUCUAUAGCCGAAAUCUAGAAACGGGAAGGAUCGAAGACAGCAAACCGGUGGCUACGGCUGAGGUCCUUGGGUCCGGCGGUUUGAUGUUUGUGCAGUGGUUGGAGCAGCAGUAG